AUGUCUGUGGUUUCGCUGCUUGGGGUCAAUAUCCUCAACAACCCCGCCAAGUUCACCGACAACUACCAGUUUGAGAUCACCUUCGAGUGCUUAGAGCAGCUCGAAAAGGAUCUCGAGUGGAAGUUGACCUACGUCGGUUCUGCGACCUCUGAUCAGUACGACCAGGAGCUCGACACUCUCCUGGUUGGCCCUAUUCCCGUUGGCGUCAACAAGUUCAUAUUCGAGGCCGAUGCUCCUGACACCAAGCGCAUUCCCGACGCCGAGGUUCUAGGUGUCACCGUCGUCCUUCUGACCUGCGCCUACGAUGGUCGCGAGUUCGUGCGCGUUGGCUACUACGUUAACAAUGAAUACGAGACCGAGGAGCUGAGCGCCGACCCUCCUGCCAAGCCUAUCAUCGAGAAGAUUCGUCGCAACAUUCUCGCGGAGAAGCCCCGUGUUACGCGCUUCGCGAUCAAGUGGUCAGUCAUACGCUGUUGUUGUCGCUCACCCUUGCCUACUCUCUGA